AUGCCGGUUCCAGAUGUGGAUAUCUACCCCGAGGCCACAGGCCAAGCAGCCAAGUACUUCGCGGAACACUCAACUGAAGAGCCGCUUAAGUUAUACGCCGGAUGGUUUUGCCCAUAUGUCCAGAGAGUCCUUCUGGUCUUACAUCUCAAAAACAUCCCAUUCCAGUACAUCGAAGUCAACCCCUACGAAAAACCAAAGAGUCUCCUAGACCUUAACCCACGUGGAUUAGUUCCAACUCUCGUAGUCCCCACAGCAGACGGCACUCAAAAGCCUCUGUUUGAAUCUUCAGUGAUCUGUGAGUACCUCGAUGAAGUCUACUCUGACACCACCAAAUACGGCCCCAGACUUCUCCCAGAAGAUCCAUACGAACGUGCAAGGGCCAGAAUAUGGAUCCAAUUCGUUGGGAGUAAUAUAAUCCCAGCUUUCCACCGAUGGUUACAAUUCAAAGGUGAAGACUCUGAAAAGGGUAGACAUGAUUACAUCGAAAGUAUCAAAAAGUUUGCAGAGCAGAUUGAUCCCGUUGGACCUUUUUGGCUUGGGAAGGAACCUUCGUUACCAGAUGUUAUCAUCGGGCCAUUGGUGGAGAGAUACUGGGUUUUUGACGAGUUUAAGGGGAACGGUGGGAAUUGGCCGUCCGCAAAGGAUGGGGAGAUCGGAGCAAGAUGGGAGAAGUACGUCAGUGCGAUCGAGGGUUGGCAGGCGAUAAAAGAUACAACAUCGGAUAAGGAGCAUUACUUGCCGUUGUAUAAACGAUAUGCAGAUAAUGUCGCUCAAUCGGAGCUUGCAAAGGCAAUUAGAGAAGGAAGACCAAUCCCAUAA